AUGGCUUCAUCCUUGGCCGAUCAUCAGACUCUUGAAAGUUCAAUGACGGUUGACCUCGUCCGUUCGAACUCACAUAUAGAUCUUGAGACCCUGCCCCCAGAGAUUAGAGUCCAAAUUCUCUUUCUACUCGAUUUGGAAGGACUUAAGUCGCUGGUUCAAGCAUCACCCGUUUAUCAUGAUCAGUAUCUUCUGGAUCGCAGGCGCCUUCUCCUCAAGUGCCUAGCCACCACACUAGGCAGCAUUUUCUUUGAAGCUUGUAUUGUCCAGGAGACUAGCUCAGUGAGCUUCUCGCAGACACGCAACCACGAUAGAAUCCAUGAUUUUUUCGGGUCUCUCACAAAGCGGCGCUUUUCGGCACGUCACUCAGAUCUAACGGCAGGACUCGAAUUGAAAGAUGCCGUAGAUAUGGUAUUCUUUUAUCACUCGGUCUUGAAACCUCUCACAGAGCACUAUUUUGUGUGGGCAUUACGCAAUUUAGCCAUAGAGUCGGAAGCACAUACUAAGAUUGACGAGGCCCUGAGUGAAUCGGAAGAACACAGAAUAAUCCGCGCUCUGUAUCGCUUUCAAUUGUGCAGCAACGUAUUCGGCGUGGGACCUAACAAGGACGAGCUUGAUCUUUUCAGGAUAGAUUUCCAACUCAGUGAUAGCGAGAUUCUAAAGCUUUUGGAAGAUUUAUGGGAACCAUGGGAACUGGAGGAGAUCAACUGCAUCUAUGUCUUUGCGGAAACAAAAUGUCGUGAAAUUCAUGAUGCUGUGACCUGGGAUUUCAGUGAAAAGAAUCCACGGUUUGAUGACCAGGAAAGACCGCCCACUCCGGAAGGGGCAGUGAAUAUACCACAGCACAGCCGUGCUUAUUUGAACGGGACUAUUACACAAGGCCUCGAGCGUUUGCAUACUCUCUUCUUUAAGAUUCAGGAGCACUCGGAGUUGGUCAAUGUAAUGGAGCAGACUUUGGUUCUUUGGCUCGAGGAGUUCCUCGAAGGAGAUGUACACGGCGCGUUCACCCACGCGGCACAAAGUGGACGCCGCGCUAGGGCACCUUCUGAGCGAGAUAAGAAGGAGGAGCGAAGAGAGCCGUUGCCUUUCCGGGGCGACAGGGUGGACGGAGUUUACCCGCCAUUAGCAUGGACACUUCUGUGGAAAGGAACAUACAGCAAUAUGUUAGGAAGCUACAUACCUGAUGAAAUCCAAAGUUGGGGGUAUGUUAUGUGGGAUGCGGCCCGGUUGGAGCGCACCGGUGCAAAGGAAGUAUUGGCAAGAGAAUGGGACUUGAUGUGGGGUGAGAAUGAAGAUGCGAGAGACCAGAGAGAAUUUUUCUGA